AUGGGCGUGCCGGACGCGGACUCGAGCAAUAUACGCCCUGCGACAGUGCAUCGUGCCGAGUUUACUGCGACACAUUCAAUAUUUGAUCUCACAGCUGGCCGCGUGACAAUCACGGUGCAUUCCUUGUCGCCUGUGUCGCCCUCGAACUAUGUUCGGCAGCCGCUUCCUUUUAGUCAAGACAUCCAGAUUUAUUUGGACAUCGAUGCCAGGUGGACUGGUCAAGAAAGCCGAUUACAGGGCGACUUUGAAGAAAAAGACGGCCUGGCAAUUUACUCGCUCACCGUGAAAGACGCGCCGCUGUAUGCCAAGGCAAGCAACAUGGCCCUUACGGGCUCAACAAUCCUCGCCUCUCAAUUUUCUAGCUUCACUCAAUUGUCCGCCCUUUCGGGAAGCCCCAAGGAGGUACGAGGUCAAUUCGUCGAGGACGGUGAACUAUCUGGCGCGGGCAGUACCUGGGGCGAAGGAAGUGUUGUCGUAUUGGCUCACAAUCUUGGUAAAGUCACUGGUGGGCUUUCUGUGAACUUCGUGGUCGGGUACGAGAGAGAAGCCGCCAUCAACUAUCUGGGAGAAACGUACACAGGUUUCUAUCGUGCAGAGUAUCCCACCAAAUCGAGUGCCCUCUCAUUCUUCUUGGGUAACUACAACAGCGCAUUGCUGGAGUCAUUGAAACUGGAUCAGGAGCUGGUCGCCAUAUCUGUCACCACUGCGGGUCCCAAAAAUGGAAAUAUCAACACCAUCGAUGUGACCAUGCCCGUCUUCCCAAUUUACUAUGUCAUGGACCCGGAUUACAUCCGACUUACCUUGCUGCUGGUCGCUGGCAUUUGCUAUACCCAUGAUCUUGGAACUCAUUAUCCUAAUGCCAUCGGUCACGAUGACCAGGAAGCAGAGCCAAUGCCCAUCGAGGAGUGCGGAAAUCUUCUUGUCUUAGCUGCUGCAUAUGUUCGAGCCACUGGCGAUACCGACUGGACUUCGCAGCACAUGGAGGUUUUCCAGAAGUAUACAGAUUACUUAGUAGACAAAAGUGUUGAUAUUGCCAAUCAGUUAUCAUCGAAUGAUGUCGCUGGACCUCUCGCCAACGAGACAAAUCUGGCAAUCAAGGCUGCAGUUGGCCUCAAGGCGUUUGGAGAGACGAGUGGGGACGGGUUCUACUCCCGUAUUGGCGAGCAGCAUGCAAAUAUCUUCUUCCAGCAGGGCCUAGGAACAGGCAGAGAUCAGACACAUUUCGUUCUGGACUAUCCUAACUGGCCAGAUACUUGGAAGACCCCGUACAAUCUCUUCCCUGAGGUAUUGCUAGGUCUGGAGACAUUUUACGACGCUGCCUAUCGGAUGGGAGAUAGCUUUUCACAUCUGUUCGACUGGGCUAAAUCAGAUUGGAAUACGUUCCUGGCUGGCACCUUUGAGGCUGGCACCAGAGACGAGUUUGUCGAUGACCUAUGGUCCUUCAUGACCAACGGAAAACACAACUGGCCUUUCUCUGAUCGGUAUGUUGCGACUUCUGCGCAUGGAAAUGAGCCGGGGGUUCCUAUCUUAUGUCGGACCCUUCCAACUGUUGGGGGACAUUUUGCGUUGUUGGCACUCAAAGGCCCUCGAUCCAUUCACUCUUUGUCAUUUCGAGGUAAAACAGUGUCAGAGUCUGUCAGGCAAAACUUGGAUAUGCGGCAAUAUCUCGUUGGGAAUCAUAUCGAAGACUUCGAUACCCGUCGUUGGUCUGACAAUAAGCAUGUCAUGUCAUCAUCAGCGGUAUCUAGUUGGAUAACUACCUAG